UACCACGGGAACUUGAUUAUGUGACCAAGUGAUGUUUGUGAUUAUGUGUAUGAUUCACAUUUAGGAAAACAAAAGGCAUAAAGGUCAGUUUGAAACUUUCAUUUUUAAUUUGUGUGUUAUGUGAGGCACUUCUACCAUAUACUUGUAAAAUUGCUUACACGGCACGAUUUAAAAUACAGCUAGCCUAUGAAACUAGAACGUUUCUAGUUAGUCAAUUACACCAUGAGGAUUUUAGGAAACUAUAAUACCAAUUAAAGGGAUUUAAGGUUCUGUAUGGUAGUCAUCCAUUCAAUUAUGUUGUUGAAGGCAAGCUACCUUACUAUACGUUUAUUGUUUGUUGGCAAUUUGCUAUAAUUAGAUUUAUACAUACAAUGACCUGAUCAAAGAAUAAAUAUAUAUGUUGUACAGAAAAUAUAAAAUAGCAAUAUGGCUGGAAGAGAAAAUAGAGCGUCAGUCCCAAUUGACAUCCACUCCCACUAUAUACAAAGAAACUUAAAUUAAAGCACAUAAAUGAAUUAUAUUAAAGGACAGAAAUGAAUGUGAAUAUAUUCUUGUAGAUAGUUCAUAUGUUACUUAUUUAAAAUAGUUUGUUGGUAAAUUAUUCAGUUUAUUGCUAAAUAGGUUUAUAGAUUAUUCGGAGAGAUAUUACAUGAUUUAAUAGAAUGGUUAUUUAUAGAUCAUCACAGUUGACUUAGCUAUAGCCAGUUAGUUACUUUGUAUGUUUGUUAGAUAUGCAGUUUGUAUGUUUGUUAGAUAGUUAUAUAGUUUGUUAGUUAGUUAGUUGGUUAGUGUAUUUGUUAGUUAGUUUAUUUGUUAGUUAUAGUUUAUUUGUUAGUUUGUUUGUUAGUUUGUUUGUUAGUUUAUUUGCAUGAAUUGCAUGUUAGUUAAUUAGUUUGUUAUAGAUACUUAUAGUUAGUUGGCUAGUUAGAUAGUUAAUUAUUCUGAAAACUAUCUAACUUUUCAGCCAACUAUAGCCAAUUAAAUCAACUAACUAAUUAACUAACUAUAAGUAAUGAAUAUAUUCUUAUAUAUAUAUAGUUAAUAUGUUACUUAUUUAAAAUAGUUUGUUGGUAGUAGUUUCUUAUUGUUAAAUAGGCUAGAUUAUUCAGAGAGAUAUCACAUGAUUUAAUAGAAUGGUGUUAUCUAGUGCAUUAUAUAUAGUUACUAUACUUAGCUAGCUAGCUAGUGAGUUGCUUUGUUAGAUAGCUUUUGUUAGUUAGUUAGUUUAUUUGUUAGCUGGUUGGUUGGUUGGUUGGUUGGUUGGUUGGUUGGUUGGUUGGUUGGUUGGUUGGUUGGUUGGUUGGUUGGUUGGUUGGUUGGUUGGUUGGUUGGUUGGUUGGUUGGUUGGUUGGUUGGUUGGUUGGUUGGUUGGUUGGUUGGUUUGUUGGUUGGUUGGUUGGUUGGUUGGUUGGUUGGUUGGUUGGUUGGUUGGUUGGUUGGUUGGUUGGUUGGUUGGUUGGUUGGUUGGUUGGUUGGUUGGUUGGUUGGUUAGUUAGUUAGUUAGUUAGUUAGUUAGUUAGUUAGUUAGUUAGUUAGUUAGUUAGUUAGUUAGUUAGUUAGUUGGUUAGUUAGUUGGUUGGUUGGUUAGUUAGUUGGUUGGUUAGUUAGUUGGUUAGUUAGUUAGUUGGUUGGUUAGUUGGUUGGUUGGUUAGUUAGUUAGUUAGUUAGUUAGUUAGUUAGUUAGUUAGUUAGUUAGUUAGUUAGUUAGUUAGUUAGUUAGUUAGUUAGUUAGUUAGUUAGUUAGUUAGUUAGUUAGUUAGUUAGUUAGUUAGUUAGUUAGUUAGUUAGUUAUUCAGUAAACUAUCUAACUAAUAACUAACUAACGAAAAUAAUAAUAAUAAUAAUAAUACAUUAAUUUUUAAGAGGAAGCCUAUUUCACUGUGCAAGUGGUAUUCUAUAUAAGGUCCUCUGCUUAAAUUAGAUAAAAAAAAUAAAUAAAAACCAUGCAAGAUAAAACGGCUAAAGAGAAAAUGUACAAAGUCAGUAAGACUAUAUAAUUUAGAUAAAAUUAAUUGUCACCCAUGCAGAAACUUUUUAAGAUUCCUGGUAAAUAUAUGAAUAGACAUAAGCUUUUUAAGGUUAUCGGGUAUAGGGAGUUCCAAUCUUGUGAUGUUCUAAAGUAUGUGACUCGUUUUCCCCAAUCAGUUCUUAUAUUUUGGGACGAAUCGGCAAAUUACCGUUUCUCGUGUUGUACCCAUGGAGUGUAGUUAGAGGCGCUCUAAAUCUAUCAAAAUGUUCUGGAAUAUUUCCUUUGAUUUCAUUGUGAACAUCAACACAUCGAUGUCCAAAACGUCUUCUCGCCAGCGGAAUGGCUUCAUCAGAAGACAGUUAUCAAAAUAUUGUAAAUAUCUAUUAAACUAACUAAUGUGUUGAAAGCAUAUAGCAAUGAACAACCACUGCAGAGAACAAAGACUGCAGUUGCUGGUACCACAGCAAAUAGGCGACUGUUUUCAUCUAAACACAGUUUAUAGGCACGAAUUAAGCACAAUUCUAUAAAGAUUCAUUGAGGCGUGUAACAUAAGAGGGACGUACUGUAGCUAGGCGGUGGUUUGACCCAGGAACUCAGGAAGACAAUUAAGAAGCUGUUGCUCUGAUUUAAUAAUUAUAAUAUUGUUGGCCCAAAGGUUUCUGCAAUUCGAACAGAGUAUCGAUCCAUUCUAGGAAGUGGGAAUGGGAUGGAGAUCAGGAGAUGAUAAAUUAUCAUAUUAAUAUUAACUUGUCCUCCCUGUACAAAAUUACGAUAUAAGAGUGCGCAUCCCAGCUUCCAUCCCCGCAUGAUUGACACCUCUGACUAACCAUUUCUUGACACGUUGUUAGAGCCAACACUGACCACAAUUAUGUGGUCAGUGUUGGCUCUAACACAAAACUGUUACAAGUUCUGGUCAACUCAAAGUUCUAUAGUAGACUAGAUUAGUGUAGACAAAGGCCUGGUAUACGAUGGUUUGAUUUAUAUUAGAUAUAAUUUGUUAAUACGCAUUAGUGUAAACUUCUUGAAUCAUGCUACUGGAUUAAGGACUAUUGUUAACUAUCCGAUGAAAUAGCAAGAAUAGCACAAGGCUGGGAAUGCGAUCAUUAUACCUGUCCUUACAAGUAUUUGUAGAUGACGCACCUUUUCGUUGCCUAUCGUCGUCUAGAUGAUAAUAUCAGGGUUUUUUAACAGCGUGAAUCUCUGAAUGAGAGGUAUCAGUUCUUUUUUCUUUGUUUAGCCAUCCCGUACGUGAUAAUUUUGAUGGCUUCUCACUGGUUCUCAACAAAUGACGCACAAAAGUUACUGGCUAACAAAAAAAUUGCUGUUAUUGGGGAUUCAGGUACUUUCUUGAUAUUAAUAAACAAUUUUCCAUAAUUGAAAGUAGGUUUUACAGUAAUCUGUUGACUGCUAAUAUUUUCGUUAAAUAAAGUAAGCAACCAAACUCUGAAUGAACUGAAUAUUUCGGGAAAACAAGAGACAUUCAAGAUUAAACAGUAAUAUUUUGGAUCUUAUUAUAAAUUCGUCAUUAGAUUGAAUAUGCUGAAAUAGUCGAAAUAUUAUUGUUGAAUCAUCUUGUCUCUUGUUUUUCUCAACUGAGUUUAAAGGUCAUGGAACUUCUAUUUGAAGUUUGUUACUCACGUCUAUUACCCCCUCUGUCAAAUUAUAUUCUAUCUACCCCUUAUUUACAUAUAUGUUUCAAGGAGCUCCUCCCAAUUUUGUCACAUUUAAUUAGUAUUCGUGAAGCGAAUCAAAAGUAUAUUAAAAAUCAGAGAUCUGAUUAGUGACAGAAUUGCCAGUGAUAAAGUACGAUUGGUUUCUAAUUUUUCGCCGCGCAUUCAACCUCGUACCCAGGGGGUCUGCGCGUAUUACUCGUCGGAUGCCCUGGGAGAAUCCAAACCAAACACCAAAGAACAUUGGUGUCCAGAAGCGGAAGUAAACAGUAGGUCCAGCUAAAAACACUGACUGGGCAUAUUUUUACGGAGUGAGAAUGCAUUAUUUGUUGCAGUUUAUGAUAAUUUUGGACUUUCAAAGACGUCUUAAACUUUAAGUGCAUCAUCUAUAAAUUCAGAGAUACAAUUAUGCGUCAAACAAGCCCUUUGGCGGGCAAAAGAACAUGGUCUGCGAUAUACAGGGGCUAUUCAAUAAAGUAUAAAUAUUUAAUAUACUCGAGUAAAACCUUGGCCAUUUCGAAGUCAACAAACUAGAAAUCCUGCUGGUAAUAUGGCUGGCUGCCGUUUAUCUUGGAUUUGACCGUUUUGAACAAGAUAUUAGUUAAUAUUUUUACACACUUGAAGAAUGUAAAAUGAACAGAGAUAUGAUAUAAUUCUGUGCUUAUUUUGAAAACCUUAUUGGCAAAUCUUGAGAAUAAUGGCUUGGAAUGUUGAAAAUUAAAAACGGUCGGAUAGCUGGUUAGAAGCGUACAGAUAUGUCAUAUACGAUGGAACCCCAACUUUUGUUAAUUACCAUGCAGGUGAUAAACUUGGCCGAGUAGUGACAAUCACCCAGUCUCGAUUUAAUUAAUAACAAUCGACAUUCUAGUGUUGGAAUAUGAGUGAGUAUUAUAAAAACCAGUGGUGCUGAACUAAUUUGGGUUUAUUAUGAAAUAUUGUUUAUCAUUCAGUUCUUACCAUUAAAGAGGCUGUCAAGUCCGUUCUGGUCAUGCGCGUGUUUUGUUUACAUUUUUUAUUUCAAACAAUAGAUAAUUUAAUUAAAAUUCCGAUCUGUGUACUUUUUUUGUUUGGAAUUUUAAUUAAACAAGACGCCUGCACAAGGCGUUCGCUCCGUCGGUAAAGGGCAGCAACAGAAUUGCUUGUAGUGAGGCGGAUAUGUGUAAAAUUAUUGAUCAGUAGUUCCCGUUGAGGUUAAAAGCAUCAAACUUUUACAAUUGAUGUAGUUUUAUUUGCUUAAUAGAUAUUUGAAGUGGGGCCAUCGCUAUUUUGCUGCUAACUCCUGAAAACGGGUGAUUAGUGAUUAUCUUCUAUUGAAUUCUAUUAUAGCCAAAAAAUGUGAAAUUUUGUAUUCAAUUACAACAAAUAUGACUUGCAUCAUCAGAAAGCUUAUAAAAAACUGCAUAUAAGACAUUUAGACAGUUUUUUGAUUUCUGAAAUAGUUUUCGAAUUAUAAACUGUUAAAAACGCAUUUUCAAACGUCGAAUAAUGAAUUAGGGACUUUUAGCGAGAUAAUGUGCCUAAUUUACAGCAAUAACCAUUUGAAGAAUAAAAAAACUGUUUAAAAGUCUUUUAUGUAGUUUUUUGCAAGCUUUCUGAUGAUGCAAGUUAUAUUUGUCGCGAUUGAAUUCAAAAUUUCACAUUUUUUGUUGUAGUAGAAUUUAAUAGAAAAUAAUGCUAAUAGCAUCGUAACUCUCUAAAAAAAACGGUUUCACGAUGGUCCCACUUUUGCAUGUUGUUCUACUCAUAAAAAGAUGCUACUGUGCGCAAUUUGGUGCUUUUAACCCUCUUCGGAAACAUCCAUGCACAUUAUAUAUAUUAUUAAUUAUAGAUCGUAUACAAGUUCUACUUCAAAUGUAUAAAUAGUACACACUUGCACAUCUGGUUCCCAGAAGGCUUGGGAUAAGUAUCAUUGCAUGUGAAAUAAUGUGAUAUAUGUAGUACCUGGUGUUCCAUCAAAUUUCCACUUUGUUUUAUGUCAGAACUAGUAACAGUUUCCAAUAUUCUUCAGGGACAUAACCAAUAACCAUCAAUCCAUUAUAUAUUAAUCAUUAUAAUUAAUGAAGAGCAUAGCCAUUGAUAACCUCCUGAUAACCAAAGUAAUGAGCAAAAUUUCACAGAUGACAUAGAGAAUAUGUUGUGCAGGUCAUCAAUAACACUGUGUUAAUCAAUAAGACUUAUUAUCAGUGUUAUUGAGUCAUCAAUAACACUGUAUAAAUAAGGGGCCACGUCCAAACCAUUUGCUAAUACUGUGUCUGUGGAGGUUCCGUUGAACUUAGCCUUCUGCAUAUAGCCUAUAUAGGCGUAAAAAAUUUGGAAGUAUAGAAGAAACAGAGGAGCAUGUUAAAAUCUUACCAGUAUUAAAUAAGCUUUCAACUGUCUUGCAGUCUGCCCAGAGGCGCCGGAAUAUCGAUAAUUGCGGGGGCAGAUAUUCAUAUAUUCGUGUUCUGCCCAAUUAAUUUCUUUUGAAAUCGAUUGUUUUUACAGUCUGUGAGCACGAAUAUAUGAAUAUCUGCCCCCGCAAUUAUCGAUAUUCCGGCGCCUCUGAGUCUGCCAGUCUUGGUGACCCAGCAGCCUUAAUUCAGCCUGAUUCGUUCUUUCGUUGCUGUUGCACCAACAAAAAUACGUUAAUUCAUAAAGAGUAAGUCCAGAGUACAACACAACAUGAAAAACACAGUUCAAUUCGGUGAAAAUUUAGCGAAAUUGCCAGAAAUAUUAUUUGCCCACUCACCACGCAACCGCCAUUUUGAAACUGAACUAUAUAGGUCACUGAAGCAUACUUGCAAAAUAACCCAUUAGAAGUAUCAGCAAAAUACACCGAUGUACCUGUGAAAUGUUCAUUUUGUGACAUCCUAAAGACAGACAAUUACCAUUUUAAAGCUCCCUCGGGCUACGCCCGACGGAGCAAUUAUCUAUUGUUUGAGACAAAAAAUGUAAACAGAACACGCGCAUGAGCAGAACGGACUUGACAGCCUCUUUAACCUAUUAAGUUACAUUCUGCCCAAUGUGCCAACUUUAUUAUUUUACUCUGCUGUCUAACAGCAGAUGAUUUUAUGUGUUGGAAGAGAGCACUGGUGCUCAAUGGAUUAUUACACUGGCCUGUAGGGCCAGUGUCUUAAAUCCCUAUUUUUCCCCCUGUUUUUUCGUAGUCGAGAAAUCGAGUUUGCGUUAGCGCAUCGCAGGCUCAGGGUGCAACGAUUAAGCCAAAAUACCAUAGAUUACUCGGUUCCACGAUUUAAAUACUAUAGUAACAAGCUCGUAUUUAUUUACGUAAUAGCCGGCUCAUGCCAUGCUUGUGGUACAAUUUUCGUUCGUUAGCCCAUACACUUGUACGUACGCGCACAAUUCCGAACUCCAAGGGUAAAGUGCUCCAGUGACAUAUUCAGUUCAGUUUUUGCGCACAACUUAGAUGGUAAGAAAAAUUGGUAUACGCAUAUCUGCACUCUCUUGCGUGUUGAAAUAAUGUUUUUCUUUGUGUAACGACUCGAAAACCCCAAAAUUAGGACCCAGCGGAUUUAUACAAUAUAGUGAAAUAUACCAAAGACAAGUUAAAGGUUUGACAGUUUAACAUUUUAAAUUAAUAAACAACUAUAAAUAUACGUUGUAGACUCAAAAACAUUCGUUGUGCACUUGUGUUCAUUUGCAUAAUUAUAGAUUUGCACCUAAUUACAUUAAUUUGCACCAAAUUACUUUCCAUUUUAUCAUAUAUUACUAUAAAAUGUAUUUUUUCGAUUGUAUUCAGCAAGGUGGCCGUUGCGUGCGGCAAAGUGAAACGUGGUACGGUUCGAUUUGUUUUUGGAACAAGAUCCAACUUUUCCCCCCACUUUUUUAAUUCUCAAAUUGUUUAUUAGACGUUUACUGGUUGGGGUUAGAGAAGGGUUUGGGGUUGGGAUCAGUUUAUCGUAUAAAUGGAAGCAAAUUGGUGUAUUGUUUAGAAGAAUCGUCUAUGCAUAUGAACUUUUUAGCACCUGAAACGAGCCGUAUAAUGGCAUUAAAAAUCAAGGACUAUAUAAUUUCUUCGCCAUUAUUGGCCCAUCAUUAUUUACGGUUGAUGUUGAUGGCCUGGCUUGCCAGGUUGAGUUGCCCGUAGUCGAAGGGUACGCCUAAGCCAGCGUCUUGAUAUAUUAUGUGUUUAUUGGUUGUAUUUAUAUGGUCCAGACCUCCUGUAUCCCUAUCUACAGUACUUCUCUACUAUACAUUACACCCUACCACGAAAGUUGCCAUUUUCAGGCCAGUGUGAACGCCUGAGCAGGCGUCUUGUCUCAUAAUGCACACUUGUUUGUUAACCUACUCUGUCUGAUCAGACUAACACCACUGGCAAUGCAAUUGAGCUGUGACGUUGCCAGAAUUUCUAAUCAAGGGGGACCGAAAAAAUCGCAGGAGAGCCUGUGCUAGUGUGAAUAAAGUGUGUUUAUUAUGUGAAAAUGUAUUUGGACUCCCACGCUGAAGAAAGCCAUUUGAAGCCCUGCUGAAAAUGUUUGCCUUUUGCUGGGCAAAAUAUAAAAACAAUAUUUGGUGAGAAAUAAUUAACCUGGUUAGUAGGCUGAUGGGGAGAACUGCCACACUAGCUAGGAAAUAAUAUUUUGAUUAGUCAUUUAAUAUAUUUACUAUCAAACCUAGCAGCAGUAAUUGCUAAUUUAUUUUUACUGAAUCUAUGGUACAAAAUUAAAUAAUUUGUCGACUCGUACAUUUUGCAUGUUCACUGAAUCUCAAACUCAGAGGCACUGAGGCAGUGCACCCAAUAUUCCCAACUUGGCGAUAAUUUGGAAAUUUAAUUGAAUUGCGUGGUUGAAGUUGUAGAUUUAUUAUACUUGGAUUUUUUGAACGACAGAACAAGAAAUGUUUCGCUUUGUUUAUGUUAAAUUUUUUACUUUGUUCGCCAUUCAGCCAUUCUUGUUUAUCUAUACAGAUAAAAAUAAUCCGUUUGUUCUUUUGCUCUAUUCAUACCAGCCCAGAAUUUGGUUUAAAAGGUAUUUUCAUGCAAAAACCCGUAUUUAACUUUCGUAGUUUUCGUAUAUACACUCCUUGUGAUAGCAGCCUCAUUGCCAAAAUAUCACCCAGUUAAUGAAUAACGUUCGAUAGUUUCAUUGUAUUCGUAUCGACCAAUCAACUCACGUUCUGAGUUGGAUUCUCCCAGGGUUAUGUUUCUGACAAGCAAUAAGUGCAGAAACCCUGGGUACGUGGUUGCCACGCAUUCGACGCCAACCAAUGACAGAUUGCCAAUUUUAUUUUUUUAUUUGUUUCCGUGAAUAUGCACUAUACUGCAAACUUUCGCUUUUUAGUUCAGAGAGGUGUUUACAAAGAUUUUGUUUGCCUGUUAAAAGCCAAUCAGCUUCUCGAAGCCAAAGACUUACAGAAGAAGGUAUUGUAUAUGUGCGUUUGCUACUUAUAGAGUACAAAUGUAGCAAUUAUUAUGGCUACUUCUUGACUAAUUUACACUUAAAAUUUGCUUUUUGCUAUCUGCUUUUUGUACCAGAAUGAAUAACUGCAACGUUUUUUCCGAAUAAUGUUCCAUCGUUACCUGGCAUAUUACUGUACAGUACUUAUAAAAUAUAUCAGAUUACUAUCUCGAAUUAACGGUCGGUGCCUGAUUAGGUAGAAGGGACCUUAAGAUGUAUAGGAUUUUAGGCUUACCUUGGAUUUUAUCUUCCCUGUGAAUGUUUUCUGACAAUAUAAACUCUUCAAACGCUAUCGCUUUGGUGUUUUUACGAAAACAGAAUAUAUUUUUGCACAGGACGAUUUCUCGAAGACGAAGUAGGGUCCAUUACACCAAGAAACACUGAUAUACAAUUGCCAAACAGUUGCACCUUGGUUUAACGUAUAGGCAUCUCACGGAGAAACUGCCUCCUUUUAUGAUUUUUGCGGCAGUUUUUCCUUAUUUUGUUGUUUAUUUUUCACUGUUUUGAAUAAAAUUCCCCCCAAUUUGCAAAAUACGAGUCCACAAUCAUGUUAAAAAUGCCUGUCAGCGAUCGUUAAUUACUGCUUACUUUAUGUAAUUUUGUGUUUAAACGUCCCACGCAAGCCCCACGCACAGUUAACUACGUGAUUAGUUAACUAUCCGAUCAACUACGUUUUGUGCAACGCAGUGAAGUCAUAUAGUUAACUAACUACAGUUAAGGAUUUAACUACGGUAGUCAACGCUAACUGCAGUUAACUUUAACUACGUUUUUAUACCGCAAUCGGUCUUUGAUCAGAUUGCGCGCAAGAUAUGUCAUAUUCCUAAUCAUGGGACUGGAGACUACUAACUGUGUCUUUUCAUUUAGGGUGAAGAUAAUUUCGAGGGAGACCAACUUUUGGAAGGUGGAAGCAAGGCUGGAUUAAAAAAUGUAAAGUAUAAAGAAGUGCGGCAAUUUACAAAAGGAACUACGGAGAUCAAAUUCUUCUUCGUUGCGCGCUGUUACGGAGAGUACAUGAAAUCCAUUAUUGCGACAUUUGAGACUGAACCACCAGACGUGAUAAUUAUGAAUUCUUGUCUUUGGGAUCUUUGUCGUUAUGGAAAGAAUGCCAACUCGGAGUUUAAAACGAACAUCAACGAACUUCUUGAGGCUAUAGGCCUUGUGAUGCCACAUGACAGUAAGAGGAUUUUUAUUUGGAAUGCUACCCUACCUGUCAUAGACAGUAGCCAAACAUCGUGUGUUCCAUUUCAUUUUCCGCAGUGUUUUCGACCGGAGGACAAAAAUGUACGAAACGCAAAUCUGUACGUUCGCGAUCAGAUGGUAGAUUACGGAGAUAAUUUCCUAUUCCUUGAUCUUUACGAUGUUUUUCACAGUCAUCUUGACCACCGAAUUCAUGAUGGGGUACAUUGGGAUAGUUUCGCUCACAGGAAACUUACGCAUUCACUUCUCACUGAAAUCUCGGUGCAAUGGGAUUUCGAACUGCCAGCAAAUGGCCCUUCCCUUUUCCGUAGCACCAUCAGACCGUCGUUAACUUCCAUCCCUUCUAUUGGUGGGCGUCGGUCUGUGGGGUUUGUACCAAAGCAUUCGACUUCACCUUAUCAGAGACCAUCCCCAAGAACCAAUACUCUAGUCAACGAUUCUCCACAAAGAUUAGCGAAUCCGUUAGUUAGCCCGUAUUCAGCAAUGCCAGGAGCACGCAUGCUGAGACAAAAUCCUUUGGGGCCCAAACAGUGCACUCCAAGUCCAAGAUUCCAAUUUCCUUGCAUGCUAGCUAACUCAUUAACUAGACCAUUUUCACCAAGACCGUGGCCCUUUGUCUUUGGAGCAGGCCCAUGCCAUUGGAGAACAAGUCCACUGAAUGUGUACAAUGGACCACUUCCACGUCCUAGGUUCGACUGGUUGCUUAACAGUACUUUCCCACCGGCUGUAAGAAAACGAAAAUGGGAAGAAGACGUGUAUUCCGCCCCGAUUAAUGAUUAUAAGCGCCCGAGGAAGUUUUUAUGAGGAUUUUAGUAGCAAUUCUGUUACAAGGGCAUAUGGAAUUUGUCCCGUAUUGAUACAUAUAUAGUUGAAUGAAAGUAUUGUAAGUUAUUUUUUAGUUAGGAAAGCUUUUAGCUAUUUGUUGGAAACUUCCAUUUCACAUUUUUCUUAGCCUUAGCGACUUAGGUUUUUGGGUAUUUCAUUUUUGAACAUCUAAUGUUACAAAUGCAUGGAUAUGUUAACAUUCAGAUUGUUGGGACAUGUUGUGCUGCUAUAAUUGUUAUACAUUUUCAUUUAUAUCUUGGAACUUCUAUUAAAUAAUGUAUUUUUAUUAUAAUUCUAUAGGCAAGCCUUCUAUUAAAGGGGAACUCCAGCCCCGAAACAAGUUGGA